CCCCGCCCCUCCCCGGCCCCACCCCAGGCUCGCCCGUCCCCCCGCCCCUCCCCCGGCCCCCCAACCCCAGUCGGGAUCCCGCUCCCGACCCCGCGGCCGCUCCCGGAGGAGGAGAAGGCAGCGUGAGGAGGGAACCGUGCCCUCGACUGGAGGCAGGAGGACCGACGGGGCGGCCGCGCUGGGGACAGGUGUCCUAGGGCUGGGAAGCCGUGGUGCCGCACCGGACACUCCGCCCCGAGCUCUCUCGGAUCCUGAGGCGUAUGGAACCUCAAGGUCUUUGUGAUAAUGGAAACCAAAAAAUUGAUUGGUAAACCGCUUCAGCCAGCAAGACCAGUUCGACAUCUGUCUUCUCCCCAUGGAGCAGCAUUUCCCUUUAAUUUUCAAAAUGAAAAUCCAUGCAGCACUCAGUGUUUACAAAGUGGAGUUGGCAGGUGUAAGACUAAUGGAAUGCAAACCUUCACUCAAGGUCUUAACCAACCACAGCAGCAUCAGUCUCCAGUCAAAAAAGAAAGAAUUAAAUAUAGCAGAGAUUUCCUGUUGAAGCUCUCAAGUGUUUCCAUCUGUAGAAAGAAACCAGACUUUCUGCCUGAUCAUCCCAUUGUACUCCAGAAGCCAGAAAACAACCAAAGUUUUAAGUAGCAUUUAUAAGAACAGAUGAUUUUGAAGAUAAAGAAUCGUUCAUUUUAUAUUUUGGACACCUAAAAAUGAAGUGGAUCUAGUAACAAUAACUGCGAUGGACCGUGACAAUCCAAUUUAUUUUUCAUUUCAAUGGUUGACUAUUUGGUUUUCCCUAAAAUGAGUAAGAAAUAUUUUAACCUAUAAAGAACUUUCUUUCUAAUCAGCUUCAGCUUUUGCAGGCAAGCAACUGCAUAAUUUGGGAAAUAACACUGGAAAGUAGUAAUUGACUUAGUUUUGUGGGAAGACCCGGUAUUUAUAAUUUGCACGUUACUUGCAAUUUUUUUGUUUUUCAUCAUUUGUAAUAAUGGAAUGGAAAUGCAAGCUGUAAACGAUUCUCAAAUAUAAAAUAUUUGCUACUAUGUUAUGUAUAUAGUACAUAAUCUUUUGUUGCCUUUAAAGUUGCUUUUAUUCUUGUUUCCAAUAAUUUUAUACCAGCGCAUGAAAGGAUCUUUUGCAAUCUCCUCAAAGUCUUAAUUUGAGUAAAUUUAAUGGUAUGAUUCUCAGAGACAGGAGAAUUUCUUAUAGCAAUUUCUGACCAAUUGGUCUUUAGAUUGUUGGGCAAUAAACAUUGUCUUGGCAGUACUAAAAUUAUUAGCAGGGGCAGACUAAUUGGAAGCUGUAUUAGUGAUACCAAAUGGAACUAUGAAGCUAAAAAUAUACUGCUAUAUUAUAGAUCAGACUAUAUGAAAAUUAGUUGGGAGUUUUUAUAAACAGUACUAUUACUCUUAUAAACAGAAAGGAAAAUGUUAGGGAUUUGUAAGAUUGCAGAUGCAGUAAGCUUCAACUCUCUAUCCAACUCUCUAAUUUCCUUUUAAUGUCAAGAAAGUAUUUGGAUGAAGCAUUUAAUAAGUAAAAUUCCUAAAAUUAAAUUUUUUAUACCAUUAAUCCUCUGUAAUGAAAAAGCCACCCCUAAUAUUACUAGAAAACGUUUUUCCAGCACAGUUUAAAAAAAAAAACCACUUAACCAGUUAUAGAACCAUUAUUCUGUGGAGGUUCAUCUGGAUGGGUUUUUGCCUCCUCUCUUUUUACUCUUCCCCUCCCCACCAAGAGAGAAAAUAAAUUCAUUUUAAAUUCAUUUUUCCUGGGAUGGGUCAAAGGAAUAGGAAAGAGUGGCUCUCUGCACCAGGAGCAAACUAUUAUUUGGCAAAGGGUAAAAAUAGUGUUGUAAAGGUAAGUGUCAAUCCCUCUCCUCCAUCAAAGGGAUCUUGGUUGGUAGAAUUUCAUGCUGACAAAACAUUCUCUUCAAGUCUUUGAGCCAUUUUCCUGGGUCAUUCUAGUCUUUAGACCAAAGACUUCAAACUUCAAUCCCUCAUUUACCUGCUCUAUCUGAAAAGGCUCCUUUUAAGUGCUAAGAAAGCAUUCAUUUAAAAUAAAUCUAAAGCUGAAAUUUUAUGAUGAGCUGUUAUAUAUAUAUAUAUAUAUAUUAGCACCCUUUAAAACACCUUUUUAUUUAGCUAAUUCCUUGUUACCUAUAUAAUAGUUUCAUUGAAGUCAGAAUUGUCAUAUGUGAUUAAAUUCUUACAACUUAAAUUGCCUUUUCUUAUUUUUAGUCCCUUUAUUGCUAAUUAUAAAAAAAUAGAACCUAAUUUUAUGUAAAUUUGGAAUCUGGUAAGCCCUUAUGCCAAAUAUCUGUUGGACAAGUCAUUGCUAUGGGCAGAACACUUUAAAUGUCAUGCUACCAUGGGCCAGACAUUGAAGACUACACCGUAUUAAAAGACUUGAUGUAGUUCCUAAAUCUGAUACUGAAAAGGACCAGCUGGAGCAAUGGCUGGCCCCUGUUUAUUACUGAGCAGCUGUUUUGGGCCUGCAUUUUAUCCUAGCUAUUUGAAAAUAACUUUUUUCAGGUGAAGAUUAAACAGAAAUUGUGCACUGAGUUUUGUUACGGUGAUCAAAUUCUGAUAGGUUUUCAAAGUCAGUUGAUCCUUUGUUACUGUACAUAUUCAGAAUGAGGCUGUGAAGACUUUUUAUAUUCUGUCUCUUUGCCUUUGUACAUAUGUAUAGCAUGUUUAAAUAAUCAUUGUAUAUCUCCAGUAAUGUUGCACUUUGCUUUGUAUAUAAAUUAAAAGAGUUGAGAGAGUUAA